AUGGUCGAACCGGUUGUUAACAUACCAUUCCAUUACGGAACAGAUCAUACCGUAGGGCAGGAACUGCAUGAAGAAGUUUAUGUAACGCCGGAUAAAACUGCUGUCAAACGGCUUUCCAUUGGGACCCACUCUUGUUUUUCUAAAAUGUCGUCAAAGGAUAGCAAAUACUCUUCAGACAAAUACAACUCAAACAACACAUCAAAUAAUAAUAAUUGGAAACAAAGUUUCGGUCAAAACAAGUCGACUAACGAUAAUAAAAAACUACCGGUGCUCGGAGUGGACACAUACCUUAUCGGACACGGCGGACAACUCAACGGCGGCGUCACCACCAGAGUAUAUUUAUCGACUCGCACGGGCACGUGGAUAUCAUACAGAGUGGGUCCCAAUGGAAAGCCGUUUGACAGCAGUUUUAUCCGGCGUUACAUAAACUUCUUCAUGCAGUUCCUGCCCUACGGUAUGAUCUGUUCCGUAAUGGAAUGGUAUGUUAACAACCGGUUCGACCAUCACGACUACCAACUAAAGCCCAAACACCGGUUCCUAUCGCAACAUAUUAUGGUUAACGACGCCCUCCCCAACCGCAUACUGUCCGGUACUGUCGUUGUUAAGCCAAAUAUAGACAGGUUUACACCCAAUGGGAUCAUAUUUAAGGAGAACAAUCGUUAUGUGAAAUACUUUGAUUUAUACGGGGACACAUUUGGCUACGAGAAGUACGUCAAGUUUCGACACGAUGUCAUACAACUGGAGCCCAAUGGGGACUAUGAGAGCACCGGCAGGUGGAAGAUAACUACUAAGGAUAACAACAACGGCGGACAAGUGACGGAACACGUGUUCGAUGGGGUAAUGGUGUGCACCGGACACCACGUGACACCUCUGGUGCCCACGUUUCCGGACCAACACCUGUUCAAAGGACAGGUAGUUCACACGCACUCAUACAAAAAGCCCGACCCCUACACGGAUAAGACAGUAGUGGUUGUAGGGAUAGGAAACUCUGGUGGUGACGCCGCCGUUGAGUUGUCCGCCGUGUCCGAUAAGGUAUAUUUAUCGACUCGCACGGGCACAUGGAUAUCAUACAGAGUUGGUCCCAAUGGGAAGCCGUUUGACAGCAGUUUUAUCCGGCGUUACAUAAACUUCUUCAUGCAGUUCCUGCCCUACGGUAUGAUCUGUUCCGUAAUGGAA